AUGUCGAGCCUCUCUCCUAUCAAUCCAAAGCCCUUUCUUCGAGACCUCAUAGGCAAAAAGAUAGUUGUGACUUUAAAGUUCAACAACACACAAUACAGAGGAAUUCUUGUAUCCACAGAUAACUACUUCAAUCUACAACUAUCAGAUGCAGAAGAAUUCAUCUCCUCACAAUCAAAGGGCAAAGUAGGUGACAUUUUCCUUCGUUGCAACAAUGUACUCUGGAUUGGCGAAGACCGGUCGAACACAGCUGCCAGCGAAUCAGAAAAGAGUGAAAAUGCACUGGAGUCUCAACCCGUCGAGGAUAAAGAGCCACUGGCUCAUACAGCACCAAAUCAAGAGCCAGUAUAA